UUUAUUCAGGCAUGGCAGGCGCUGGAAAGACAUCGUUCACGAGACGACUAGCUAGUAAAGUCGUAGAAGGUUCCAGGCCAUACCUUAUAAACUUAGAUCCCGCGUGCCGGGAAGUUCCUUAUCUGGCUAAUAUUGAUAUACGAGACACAGUGGAUUACAAAGAAGUGAUGAAGCAAUAUGGCCUAGGUCCUAAUGGAGGAAUAGUUACAGCUCUAAACCUGUUCAGUACAAAGUUUGGACAGGUUGUGGACCUUAUUGAGAAGGCUGGCAAGAAGCAUAAGUACUGCGUUAUUGAUACUCCAGGCCAAAUUGAAGUAUUCACCUGGUCAGCAUCAGGCACCAUAGUAACAGAGACAUUAGCAUCGUCGAGACCUACCAUAGUAGUCUAUGUAAUGGACACGGUGCGCAGUGUUUCCCCUGUUACAUUUAUGUCCAACAUGCUUUACGCAUGCUCGAUAUUGUACAAGACGAAACUGCCUUUUAUUGUUGUUAUGAAUAAGAUAGACGUAGUCGAUAAUUCCUACGCGGUAGACUGGAUGCGCGAUUUUGAGUCGUUCCAAGACGCGUUGGACGCUGACGGCGACGGUGAAGGCGGUGUCAGUUACGUCGGCAACUUGACUCGAUCCAUGGCGCUAGCAUUGGACACGUUUUAUAAGGACUUGAAAUGUUGUGGAGUCAGCGCUCAUACUGGAGACGGUAUAGAUGAGUUCUUUCGAUUGGUGGAUGAAGCAGCAGACGAAUAUGAAAGAGAAUACAGAGCAGAUUGGCUAAAAAUGCGCGCAGAAAAACUGGAAGAACAAAAAAGGCAAGAAGAAGAACUAAGAAAUUCCAGCACAAAUGACACAGUGUUAGACAAAAAAAAGCUUAUAGACGAAGUGAUGGGUGGGAGAGAGAUAAGCGAUAUGUAUUUGAAACAUCCCGGGAAUGAGAGCUCCAGUGAUGACGAGGGCACCGAACAGGAACCGGAAGUCGAUGACAAACCAGAAGACGUCGCUAUGUUUCAAGAGUUUAUAAGAAAACAUGUAAAACCAAACGACACAGGAAAUAACACUUAAAUUUAUUGAAAAUAAACAACAGAUAUACAAUUGCAAACAAUAACUUUUGAAA